AUGGAGGGUCAUAAAGUGCCAAUCGUGGAAGACACAAACGUGCAAGUGCUUGGCGAAACAGAAGCUUUACAAGCACCUGACGACCAGGCAGACUACCCCUCAACUGGAACCAACUCCAUUUACUCGGCCAUCCUCAGCAGAAACGAGGCCGUCAAGGAUGCCAAACGUCUCAAGACCUUCAUGGAGCUGAGAGACAAAUACUUUAAAAAGAAGGUUCUCUUCGAGGACCCAAUUUUCCCAGCCUGCGACUCCUCGCUCUUCUACAGCCACCACAAGCCCCAUAUGAAAUUUGUGUGGAAGCGACCUUCGGAAAUAUGUGAAAACCCACAGUUCAUUGUGGAUGCAGCCAGCAGGACUGACAUCUGUCAGGGAGAGUUGGGUGACUGCUGGCUGCUCGCCGCCAUUGCCUGUCUCACUCUAAAUGAGAAGCUUCUCUACAGAGUGAUUCCUCCGGAUCAGAACUUUACAGAGAACUAUGCCGGGAUCUUCCAUUUCCAGUUCUGGCGUUACGGUGAGUGGAUCGACGUGGUCGUUGACGACCGUAUCCCCACCUACAACAACCGGCUGGUGUUCACCAAAUCGUACCGAGAGAACGAAUUCUGGAGCGCUCUUCUGGAAAAAGCUUACGCCAAGCUGAACGGCUCCUAUGAGGCUCUUAGAGGUGGUAACACUCUAGAGGCCAUGGAGGACUUCACAGGGGGAGUCACAGAGUUCUUUGAGUUGUCUGAGGCACCUCAAGAAAUAUACCAAAUUAUGAAGAAGGCCCUGCAGAGAGGCUCACUAAUGGGCUGCUCCAUUGAUGUCACCUCCCCCUGUGAAAUGGAGUCCAAAACUGAACUUGGCUUGGUCCGAGGACACGCCUACUCGAUUAUAGCCUUAGAGGAGUGUGAUGAGGCAGCAAAGGACAGCAAAAUUCGUUUGAUUCGCUUACGCAACCCAUGGGGUCGAGUGCUAUGGAAGGGACCCUGGAGCCCAAACUCAAAGGAAUGGUCCACCAUUUCUAUUGCUGACAGGAACAACCUUAAAAAGCAGACUGUUGAGGAAAGUGAGUUCUGGAUGUCCUUUGAUGACUUUAAGAGGAAUUACACCAAGCUGGAGAUCUGCAACUUGACGCCCGACACGCUCCAGGGAGACGAACGGCACAGCUGGAACGUGUCGGUCUACGAGGGUCGAUGGGUCCGAGGCAGCUCUGCGGGGGGGUGUCGGAACUUCCCAGACACCUUCUGGACAAACCCUCAGUAUCACCUGGAGCUUUACAAGGACGAUGACCCAGAUGACCCCCAGGAACUUUGCACGGUGGUCGUGGCUCUCAUGCAGAAAGGUCGUCGCAUUCAAAAGCAAUUGGGGCCUAGGUUCCUCACUAUUGGAUUUUCCAUCUAUGAGGUGCCCAAGGAGCUGUGUGGCCGAAAUCGACAUCUCCAGAAGGAUUUCUUCCUGUACAAUGCCUCCAAAGCUAAAUGCAAACAUUACAUGAACCUACGCGAAAUCACAGAGCGUGUCAGGCUGCCGCCAGGAGAAUACGUCAUUGUCCCCACCACAUUUGAGCCUCAUCAGGAUGGUCAGUUCAUUCUGAGAGUCUUCUCAGAGAACAGGAGCACCUCAGAGGAAGCUGAGAACACAAUCGGGACGGAUCAAACCCGGCAAGGCAAGAAAAGGAAGGACAAGCCUAUUGUGUAUGUGUCCGAUCGAGCAUUUGCCAACAAAGAAAUCUUGCAUGACGGCAUUCAAGGGGAGAAGAAGACACCUAAAAAAAAACUCCUUCAGCCUGAGGAGGAAACUGAAGAGGAGAAACAGUUCCGCGUUAUCUACAAACAAAUAGCUGGCGAGGAUAUGCAAAUCUGUGCCAAUGAACUCCAGACCGUAAUGAAGAAUGUGGUCUCCAAAUUGCAUGAAAAGAAAACUGAGGGUUUCAGUUUGGAGACGUGCCGCAGUAUGAUUGCCCUGAUGGAUACAGAUGGGACAGGGAAACUAAAUCUCCAGGAAUUUAAACACUUGUGGAGGAAAAUCAAGCAAUGGCAUGUUAUCUUUAAAGGUUAUGACAAGGAACAAACUGGCUCCAUCAGCAGUUUUGAAAUGAGAAACGCUGUUAAUGAUGCAGGCCUACAUCUGAACAAACAGCUAUAUGACAUCAUUGCCAUGCGCUAUGCGGACCAACACCUCAACAUUGACUUUGACAGCUACAUCUGCUGUUUUGUCAGACUGGAGGGCAUGUUCAGGGCUUUCAAUGCUUUUGACAAGGAUGGAGAUGGAAUUAUCAAACUUAAUGUACUUGAGUGGCUUCAGCUUACCAUGUAUUCUUAA